AAAAAUAUAUCUGUUCAUGUGAUCUCCUUUUUUCUGGGGUGAAUUUUGAUUUCAAGAAUCACGUGCAAUUACUUGGAUUCUAGUCGGUACUCGGUAUGCUCUCGAAGCAAUUCUUUUCCAUAUUAAGUUUCAGUUCUCGGGCGGGGAUCGUUAUGACCCCUCAAUUAAAUUUUGAUUGUCUGACUCGAAUAUUUAAGUUUAUAAUUGAAGAAGAUGAUGAUUCAUCAUUAUUAUAUUCUCCUUCUCUGGUGAAUAAACUUUGGUGUCAAGCUGCUAUUCCAUUUUUAUGGAGUAAUCCAUGGAAGUUUAACAGUAAUAGGAAUAAUUUACAAUGGAAACGUAACAUACUUAUUAAAACUUAUCUUUCAUGUUUAUAUCAAGAAUCAAGAGAAAUUUUAAUUAAUAAAGAUUUUUUUAAAGAAUUAUUCUUAAUUUUAAGUGACCAUUCAUCAUCUCAAGAAACGAUAAAAACUAACAAGAAUGGUAAAACUUUACUUAUUAAUAAUAUCCAAAAUCGUCCGACGUUUGUUUAUCCUGAAUUCUUACGUCAUUUGAAGUUGAAUUCUUUGGUCUAUGCCGUCAAAUUUUGGUCUAAAUCCAAUCUUUCAGAAUCUAAUAUUCAAACAGUUUAUAAAAAUACUCUCAUAGAGAUGAUAAAUUAUCUUUUCAACAAAUCAACCUGUUUAUUCACGUUAGAUAUUAGAUAUUGUGAUGUCUUUUGGGACUUAAAACUUUUGAAUAUAAUCCUGGAACAAUACCAGAAUUAGAUCGAAUUUUUAAAUCACUCUCAAUAACAAGUCAUAAAAUUAAAAGAAUACCUAUUUAUCCUGAUAUUGUGAUUGAUAAUUUAACGAAUCUUAUCAAAGUUCAAAAAAAUAUAUCAGAAGUUAUAGUAACGAAUGGUUCUUACGAUCCUUACGAUUGGGAAGAAAGUGAUGUUA